AUGGCGAAUGAGGUGAUCCUUCUUGAUUACUGGCCGAGCAUGUUCGGGAUAAGGACGAGGAUCGCGUUGAGGGAGAAAGGUGUCGAGUUCGAGUACAGAGAAGAGGAUAUCAUCAACAACAAGAGCUCAUUGCUUCUUGAAAUGAAUCCGAUUCACAAAAAGAUUCCCGUUCUUAUCCACGAUGGUAAACCGGUUUGCGAAUCUACCAUUCAGGUUCAGUACAUUGACGAGGUAUGGUCUCACAAGAACCCUAUCCUCCCUACCGAUCCUUACCAGAGAUCUCAGGCUAGGUUUUGGGUUGACUUCAUCGACAAGAAGAUGUACGAUGCACAGAAGAAGAUUUGGGCGACCAAUGGUGAGGAACAAGAGUCAGGCAAGAAGGAGUUCAUUGAGAUACUCAAGACUCUUGAAGCUGAGCUUGGAGACAAACCUUUCUUUGGUGGCGAUGACUUUGGCUAUGUAGACAUUGGAUUGAUUGGUUACUACACGUGGUUUCAUGCAUACGAGACGUUUGGUAACUUCAGCAUCGAAUCAGAGUGUCCGAAACUGAUUGGUUGGGGUAAGAAGUGUAUGGAGAGGGAGAGCGUGGCUAAGUCCUUGCCUGAGUCUGAGAAGGUUACUGCAUUGCUCUCGGGGUACAGGAAGAGAAAUUUAGUUGAGUAG